AUGACCUUCAGUUAUGCCAUAAUCAUUGAGCACGCAAAGUUUGACCGGCUUUACCUCAACGACGACUUCAACUGCCUGGAGCGUGUCAUUUCGGGGGACUCGGUGAACCACUUUUUCAACAUCAUCCACGCCUGCACCUGCGUCGCGGUCCUCUUCACGGAUCAGUUGGAAACGGCGAGCUUGUGCUGGGCCUUCGUCCUCGCCCAAAUAUGUCACGCCUGCUGCGACACCUUCCAAUUCCUUUACAACGUCCGCUUCCCGUCAGAGGAUAAAACGGUCGAUACCUUUGAGUCGGUUGCCUUGUUCAUGCUCUACAUAGCCUACCUCCUCCUAUCCACUCUCAUCGUCAUCCACCGAUACUACGACAUGACAAACAUCCUACAGAAGAGGACUCAACGUUUUACUUCCUCCAUCUACAGUGGAAGGCUGCUAAAUGAACAUAUAAUUUACAAGAAUGAGUCAAAAUUUCUUCAGAAAAAAUACACCCUAAGACAAGCACAGGCCCUACAGAUUUAUGGAAUUGUGCAGAAAAUUCAGCAUUUCAAGAACCGAGGAAUAAAACCGAACCCAUUAGAUAUUCAGAAUGAUGUGAAACUAGCGUGUGACAUGUUGAAAAAUUUAAAAAAUCUUACUGGGCCCAACUUGCUGAGGGAGUUAAGAAAGAGGAACGCAAAACGCCUCAAAGCUCUCCAAGACAUGGAUUCUCUGGACGAAAUUGGAGUAAAUGCCCAGGGGGAUCGGGGUCGAAGAAGGAAGGAAAGAAAGUCAAAGUCAAAGAAAAAUAACAAUGCAAAAAUUAGUAAUAAUGAGAAUGAGACCCCAACGACAUAAGCAUCUUACACACCAAAAUUACAGAC